GAUCGGCGACGAGGCCGCACAUUGGGUGGAAGUGACAUCUGCAGACGGGCCCCCGAAGACUGAGAAAGGGCUGUCAGCCCUUGCGCAGGUCUCCCACGACCUCGUGGCCACCUGCGCUCUGCAGCAGGAGGAAAUCCUUCACCUGCAGCAGACAGUGGACCAGAUGCUCGCACGGCUGCAGGCGUUGGAGAAACAGCCAACUGCUGUAGCAGCCGCAGGGCCUUCCACCCUUACCACCCGUGUGCAAGUUUUGGAGGAUGACGUCAGCAACAUCAAGCGUGUGCAUCAGGACUGUCGGACGUCGCAGCAAGCAACGAACUUGCAGUUGGAGAAGCAGGUACAGGCUGCUGCCACCGUGACGCCCGCCGCCGCAUCCUCCCGGCGCCCACCCAAACAGGAUGACAUUCCAGUUUUCUGCGAUCAGUCCAAGACGGAACCGAUCCCGUGGUGGCGCCAGAUUACUCUCAGGCUCGACAUGCACCAUGUCCCGAACAACGAUCGACAUCCGUGCUUGUACCACCGAUCUGGUGGUGCAUGUCAAGCAUGGCUGGACAACAUCUUGACCAGCCACGGCGUAGCAGUGUCGGAACUGCACACCAAGCUCACUUGGCAGGAGUUGACUGACGCCUGGCACAAGCGAUUCCAAGUGGAGCCGCCCGACCUGCAAUCGAUGGACAAGCUCAACAAGCUCCAUCAGAACACGCUGCUCAGUCAGGAUUGGAUUACCGAGUUCCAAAGACUCGCCUCCACACCUGACCUGCCGCUCGCAUUCCGCGCCAUCAAGCACUUGUUUAUCAUGCGCUCGUGUCCAGCUCUUCAAAACGCGCUGACGCAGAUUGCAGAGACACUCGACACAUCUGACAAGCUUUUCAGCACAGCGUCACGGAUCAUUCUCACGAAUAUCGAAGCCCGCAACGAGGGCCGAUCUUCCGCGACGACGAACGACCCCCAGCCCAAGCCAAAGGUUGAUUGGGUUGAGCGCUUGCCAAUCGUUGAGUUGGCUUACAACUCAUCGAUCCACCCGGCUAUUGGGAUGUCGCCAUUCGAGUUUGAGCAUGGUUCACCCAUCUCAUCGCCGCUGGACGCUACUUUGCCGCGCACAGCCGAGAGCGACGACCAUCUUGCGUUCCUUCGUCGCAUGCAAGAGCUUCUUGUCAAGGCACGGGAUCAGAUGUCGAAGACGCAAAUACGGAUGAGCCGUCAAGCCAACCGCAAUCGCCUUCCUUGCUCGUUCCGCGCCGGCGAUCUGGUUUGGGUCUCCGCAGCGGAGUUCAGCCUUGAGCAAGACAUCUCUCGCAAGCUCCUUCCCAAGUGGAUGGGGCCUUGGCGCAUUCUCUCUGCAGCUGCCGAUGAUCCCGAGGGGCCCUCAUUCCACAUCGCGGUGCCACCUCACUUGCCCGUCCACACGGUGUUCCACUGUUCCAAACUCGCUCCUUUUGUUUCAGCGGAGUCCGACGAGUUUCCCGGUCGACGUACGCAAGACCCUCCUUCCAUGGACGGAUUUCAGGAGGCCGGCUACAUCAUCACCGACCGACGCCAUGGCAACAAAGAAAAAGAGUUUCUACUUCACUUUUSCUACUGCAGCCACAAGGCUGACCGUUGGCUGACGCAUUCGGAACUGCAGGCCACAGCCCCCGCCGUUCUCUCACGCUAUCUUAGCAAAGGGAAGACUACGCAGAGCACUCCAGCUCCUCGCCAUCCUCGCUACAUUCCGCCAUCGGAUCGGCAGCUUCGCCCGCGCCCUGGCUCGUCUUCAUAAGGAGGGGGGCAUGUUACAUGCUGAAAGCCUUUACACGGGCCCCUCACGGGACCCGAGGCUGGAAUAGGGCCCCCAGGCCGCGUCACCACAACC